CCAGGUGUCUUCUGCUAUCACUUCUGAGAGGAAGCAAAGCAGCCAUGCUUGACUACUCAGUCGUUGGCAUCAUUGUGGUUCUCUCCUUCUGUCAUCCGCAACUUUCUGAGUCCUCCGUUCUCAGUGCGAAUGAGGAAACCAUCCAAGACAGGAACAUCGUAAUACGACGCGUGACUGCAAAUGUCAACUCUACAUCAGUGCGCUGCCCUGAUCUGCAAGAUGACGAGAACAUCACUGUUACGCUGUACAAAACGGCCGUGCUACACUCAACCUUCUUCAGCAGGAUUAAACCACGGAACGAGUCCUCCGAAAAGGAGAGGUUUCAAGUGUCUGUUAAUAAUAACACGGUCCGUUAUUUGAUAGGCUGGCCUCGAGCCAAUGAUACAGGCCUCUACAGCUGCAAUGUCCUCACUGGCCCAGAUAACAGAACAAGCAGGACAAACACCUUUCUAUUUGUUAAAGGUAUUGUGUUGUUACAUACCUUUAAUGGGCAGCAGAAAUACAAUGAGUGUAUAUUUGUAAAGGUGGCCCUAGUUUACACUAUAAUCUGGUUAUUGCUCCCUAGAUCCAGCUCCACAGGAAGGAAAGCCAGUGACAAGCAUGGUCCUGGUAGCAUGUUGCGGGCUGCUGGCUUUGUACAGCCUUAUUGUCACAAUUGUCAUGGGCUCUUUUGUUUGGAAACUCAAAUGUGUGGAGACACUUAAUCAAAGUGAUUACAUCAGCACACAGCCAGGAGAGUUCCAAAGAGUGAAAUGAGUUCAGCAUCCAGCCGCAGAUGCCAUCUGGCCACAACAGCACAUAACUGACCAAGUGACCAUGACAGUCUAUCCAUAAAACAGCAGUAAUCUAGAACUCUAUGUUUCAAAGACAACUGUCAGCUAUGUAUAAUCAGUGUGCUUAACUGAUUAAGAAACUAUAGUUAUGUUCUGGAUUCUUAUUUGCAAUCUUGUAACCAUUCAGUCUGCCAGAAUACUGUGUCAUUUGUAUUCUAUGUUGUAGUGUUGCAAGUGAGAUUCCCUAAGUAAUGCUCUGAUAUAUGUCAUCUGUGCAGCAUGUGGAUUUGUUGUUUAAGACAGUUGUUGAAUAAAGCAACAUCUGCUUCACAUUGCA